AUGGCAUCAGCCGCUUUCAAUUGGCUCUUUCGAAGGGCGCCGAAAGCCCCCGUCCAGGUGCCUGAAUACGCGUGGAACAUUCACACCAAUCCUUACCAAUGCAAGCGGACCUGGCCUCCCGAGUUCUCGAAGCUUUCCAAUACUCAUCAGUUCAGCCUUGAGCGACGGUAUCGACGGCGGACGAAAUUGAAAUUUGCGCGUCCAGUAUGGACCAGGUUCACCAAGCUCGUUCAAUGGGGUAUGAUUACUGGCUUCGUCUUCUACGGAGUCCUGUACAUGGAGGUGGAUGAGCGCUUGAUCUCUCCCUUCCAACCGGUAAGAUCUUUCGGGCUACGAUUGGUCACUGAAGCAUUACUCUGA